AUGAAUGUGGCUCUUAUUCAUGAUAAGCUUUUUAUAAAAGAUCUCUGGGAACAAAAAAUUGCUAAACACGACCAACGGACAGAAACUGAAGACAUGAGGAAGAAUAAUAGUGCUCUCACCAAGUAAGUAUUGUUGGACAUUCUGGAGGGAUACACUACUGUGCUAUAAGAAUACUGCACAGGAUAUGAUGAAAGGGUACUCAAGGGAAACAAAGGUCUAUUUAUUUAUCUUUUUGCAAAACUUUUUUUCGUCAUAUUUGGCAUUAGGAAUAUAUCCUGCUAUGAGUAAGAAACGUCCUCAAUUUAGGCUAUAUCACUUCGGAUGCAUGUGCUACAUGUAACAGACCAUGAUUUCAUUAUGAGCAAUAUGUUUUCGCUAAGGGCAUCUCAGGACAACUCACACUGGCAAUCACAUUCAAAUACUUGUCCAUUUGAAUCUCUAAUCACUAAAGCAAAAGCGUACUCUAAUAUCUCAUGACCCCGUGGCUAGUCCAUGUAAUAAUGUGUAUAUCCCUGAACUGAGAAGGACUGGAAAAACUUUAGGGAAUCCGAUACGAUAAUCAGAGAGUGUUGAGUGAUAUUAGGGGAUGCCAUAUUCCAUGCUUAGCUGUCCUACAAUAGCCUGUGCUCCUUUAAGGUUAGAGGAUUAUCAGACACAGCAGUGUCACAGCAGUGUCACAGCAGCAACAAAUGCAAUAAGCCAAGUAGAUGUGAGGAAGGUGGUAGAGCCAUCCUCACAAUACUGGGCACAAGAGCCUGGUGUCACAGAUAAUAAACCCAUUGGAAUUCCCGGAGGAAUUGUAGGAUACAUUUUGCCUGGAUGCCCGUCUGUUUCACCUCUCUUGCCAAUGGAGUAGGCAAAAGCAGAAACAGAUCUGUAACCAGGCUGGAAGAAAUCCAUUGUCCUAACAAUACACAUACUAUUAAGUAGCCUAAAGCAAUAUUGGAAACGUAUGGCUUAUGGAAUGUCUGACUUUUAAACAAUUAUAAUACUUUGUGUUUACAUAGGCUGCGAGACGAAUGGCAACGAAGGCUUGAGAGUCGAACAAAACAUCUGAAGAAAUUAAAUGACGAACUUCUGAGGAGGAGCAAACCUGCCAAACAGGCAGAUGACACAUAA